AUGAGUAAAAAGGAAGCUAAACCAAAGAAAGAUAACCUCCUUAAGUACUCAACAGGACAAAAAGGUCAAAUACUCAUAGAUAUUUCGAAAAUUCCUGCAAAAGACUACGAAACAGUAUUAACAGACUUGGUUAAAUGCGGAAAAAGCAAUAUUGAAUCCCUAAUCAUUUCAUUAGAUACAUAUCAGAUGGUAUAUCCAAAUGAAUUUCCUGCAAAUCAAUCUUCAGCUCCAAAGCAAAGAGGAGAGCCAGUUAUUUUACAAAAUUCUGCCUUUAAAGCUAAUUCAAAGUCAAUAAAAAGUAUGAAAUUAGCUCUAAAGCACAUCUUUCCAAAAACUACUUCCCUAACUGAAAUAUGCUUUAGAUCGAUAUUCUUUACGACAGAGGAAUUAGUUGAACUAGUUGAUUUAAUGAAAGAAUGUGGUACAUUGAAAAAGAUUUACUUCGAUAAUGUUCCAUUAUAUGAUAGAGAAUUUCAAGUUGUAGCAAGACUUGCAAAGAAGAAAGGAAUUUACGCGUUUGGCUGCAAUCGUUGUGGUUUGACUGAUGAUUCUCUCCCUGUUAUUAUUUCAAUAUUGAAUUAUCAUCAUUCUGAACAAGGAAAUGAAAACUAUAUGGCUUCACUUCGUGGGGGAACAGGAGAAUACACAAUAAAUUGUAUUUCAGAACUAUCAUUUGCCGGAAACAAUCUUUCCACCAGAGCUCUAUUUGAAAUCGGUGAGUCUAUCGGUGAUAUUCCAAUUCUCUUGGUAGAUUUAUCAAACAAUCAAGAAAUGGACGAAAGAAUGGCUCAUAAUAUUCGUAAAAACGCUCCUCAUGUUGAACUUUUAGUAAAUAAUGAUCAAAGAAACUUUGUAAAUAGAGAACCAAAGCCUAAAAGCAAGCAAGCAUCUUUUAUAGAACCAGAAGAAAUCCCACUCCCCGAACCUCAACAAGAAGAUGAAGAUUUAAGAAUUCCAACCUUUGCUUUAGGAGACUUUGAACCAGAAGGCACAGAUAACGAAGUUUGGAUUUCCAAAGACUUAAAGGUUGUUGGUCCACGAGCCAAAGAAUUUGCAAUAUAUUUGCAUGCUCUUCAAGUCUCCCUUCUAAAGCUCCAGGAACAACAAGAAAAAGAAGAACGCGAUAGACAAGCAAAAGAAUAUUAUAUGGAGCAUCGUAAAACUUCUCCAAAGCUAAAAAAGAAACGUGCAGCUUCUGUUACAAGGAAGACUCGAAAAUAA